AUGACCGGUACUGCACGGCAAGGCGGCGACGAUGGCACGAUGGGCAAGUGGACGCGGGGGAAUGACGCCCACGCGGUCGCUACGAACACCGAAAGAGGGGGCGACAGGGAAGGGGCCCCUGGCCGCAGGUGCUGUCGCGAGCAAAUCACAGCGCUUGUGUUUGGCCAUGUGGGUGGUGUGCUCGCUCUGGAGCUCUCGAUAGAGCUCUUAAGUGAGGCACUGGGGAGCCAAAAAUCGGUCAAGUCUAGCCGACAACGGCAGGGGUCCCAGGGCCACAUCCCAUAUCUGGCAUCGAUAUGGGGUCGUGAUAGCAAUCUCUGGCCUUGGCAACCCAACGCCUGGGCCUCGACUGCAGCACCGCGGCAGAAACAGCACACGACCGUUCCCACCAGAGUGGGAAUCUCCAAUUGGCGACUUGAGAGGCGAUUGACAUGACCUUGGGUCGCGUGGUGUCAUUGCGGUCCACCAGAUUGGAGAGACAGCCCGGCGCGGUGGAUCAGCGACAACCGGCAAGCAAAAACAAGCAAUAUAACAUGACAUCCAUGGAGCAAGAGCAGCCGAGACUCGGAGAUGGCGGCAAGCACGACUUGUUCAACACAAAAAGAAUGGCCCAGGCAGGGGCUGCGAGCAGCGGCGGCGGGACACCAAAAAAAACAAAAACGUGCAUUUUCUUUCCCCU